AUGAAGCCUGAGUCAAAAUUUUGCACAGGUCAACGUUUUUUAAAGUGGAAGGGCAAGAAUGCAGACCCAAACUCAUAUCCAGGUCCGGGUCAUUCAUGUGUGUUACGUGUUGAUCCUGGCGGACACAUCUUUUACUGGACUCGUGAACAUAAUUGGUCAAAAACGAAGAGAAUUGCGCACGAAUCUUAUGCAGUCAUUUGCUCUAUUUUCAUCAUCGAAAAGUAUUUGCAGGAAGUCGAAUACAGAUUCAUCGCAAAUGUGGUGGAUGUUCGCAAAGGAAAGUAUGCGGUACUCGAACACCCGAUGGCCAAAUUCGAUGAUGCAAAUAUUCUACAAGAAUGUCUAAUGACAAUCGUAUUGAAUACUGAUUUUGUGAAUCCAGAAUUUCUAACAUUUAUGAUUACACCUGAACAGGCCAAAGAAGUGGAUGAAUGGGCCGAUUAUAUAUUCAAAUUGAGUCAAGAAACACGUCGAAAUCAACGAGGUGUGUUGUUCUAUCUGCAAAAACUUUUCGCACCUCUCCGAUACGCGAAUAAUGAACAAAUUAUCACCAUUGAUGAGUUAGUUUCUGUCAUGUUCCUACCGUCUAGACGUUUAAAUUCCAUUUAA